AUGGCUUCAUCAUUAUCAUCAACAGCUACAAGCUUCGAACAUUUUGGUCACAAACUCUAUUCGACUGUCAGUAAAAAUAACAAAGAUCAAAAUGUAUUUCUUUCACCAGCAAGUAUUGCUCUUGCUAUGUCAAUGUGUACAGUUGGUGCUCGAAAAGAAACAUUAGAUCAAAUGUUACAUGCUCUUGAUGCAUC